AUGGAGACUGCAAUCCGACUGCUCACCCAGACCCCUUCCUCGCAAAAGAACUUGAUAGCGGCGCUCGAGGCCGUGGAUGUAGCGGCAGAAGUCGCGAGGGAGCUCGCCCGAGACGACUGGCUAUUCCGGGCGCUAGUGGUCAGAGAAAACACGCAGAACCCAUUGGCAACCUCGGAAGGGCAAACGCAAGGCGGCUACUACUCGGCCUUUGGCUCGCUGAAUACCGCUGCAGGCGACCUGCCAUGGACCACAAUACCGACUCAGGAACAGAUAGACGAGUGGAAGGAGCUCCCUAAUCCCUUUGUCAUUGACGAGGACACUAUCGUGGAUGAUGAAAAGUAUGAGAAUAUAUGGGAAGCCGAAGAGGAUCGGAGCGAGGAGCAGGAGAUAUCAGAGCCAGGGUCGCCGCGGCCCAAUCCCCACCCUCCGACUAGGAUUUUCAAGACAGAGAAGCUUCUGAAGGAGCUACAAAAGACCUCAGCUAGCGAUUCCGCGUUUAUUCUUGAAACGGGAAGGCUUAUCGACUACGUACUGCAUGGGGACAUCAAAGCUGGGGAAAUCACCGAGGCAUGGGCCCGGUUAAUGUCGAGCGAGGGGAUGGUGCGCCUCCGCGACCUGGCUGAUUGGCACGACGACGACUUCAAAUAUGCCAAGCUCGAGGCUCACCGUCACCGCCUCGAAAGGCGGUGUUGGAAUCUCCGCAGGAAGAAAAAGAUCAUGAUGGAGCAGAGAAAGGACCAGUUUGAAGAAUUAGAGAGGAUCAAGGCCAUACAUGGUCGAGAGCUCUCGCUGAACGACCUCGAAUUGAUGAGAGACGAAGUGGAAACGCUGUGGGAACAUCACGAAGGCGAUCGAAUGGCGGCACAGAGGAAAAUUGACGACUUCAGAGAAAGAUAUCGCGGCAUUCGCGUUCGCAGCGCCGCCGCUGCAGAAGAGCUCGCCGAGUUAAAGAAGGAGUUGAGGCUUGCCGUCGCUCGGCGAGAGAGAGCCCGAGAUAUCCGGAGAUGUAUCAUCAAGGUGGUGGACGCCAAGGGAGACGUCAUCAAGUCUCUCGAAGACCCACUUCGAGAAUUGAUGGCCCCGAUCAACGAUAUCGACUCGGAGCACGAUAUGAUAGAGGAGACUCUUAGAGAGGGUAUACAAGACGAGGCGGAGCAAGAUCCUAGUGGCCUCGGCCCGUGUAGGACCCGCAUGGCCGAGCUCAGGGCCGACUACGAAGGGAGGAUCGCGGCCAUGGAGCUGUACAUGAUGGAUUCUGGGAAAAUGGACGACUACGACGAAGCCGUCGCCGAGCUCCUCACUGGCAAGAUCAAGGACUUUGAGACAAACUGGCAGCAUCAGAUGAGUCAGGUUCAGGAGGCGCACCAGAGAACCGUGAAGAAGUACCAGCAAACGAUUGCCGAACUCCAACUUGACUGUGGCAUAGGAUCGCCCACGAGAAGCGCCCCCUUGAGCGAUUUGGAAAGGAACAUAUUACUCGACGAAGUAAAAGCUCUUCGCUCCGAGAUAAGGUACCUGAAGUCUGGGUCCCCACAACCGAGUGUCCUCUCCUGCGAGAGUCCGGAGCCCCCGAGUCUGCUGGUGCACGAAACAGCUCGAGGAGGGUCUACGGCCGACGACGACCCUUCCCGCAGGAUCGCGGAGAGCAUUGGUAGGCUCAAAAGGAGUUUUCCUACGUCGGAGGGUAGCGACGACAGCGAGAAGAAACUUCGAGAGGUCAAAAUAGCGCUUUCCGCUGCCACACGGGCGAAAAAAGCGCUGGAGAAGGAGAACCACGCACUGCAAACUCGAUUAGAAAAGCUAGACGCGGUAGAGUCGCUGUGGGAUCUUACAAUCGGGAAUAAUACCAACGACUGGCUGGAGGCCAAUCUCAAAUUCCCCACCUCUGGCGAGAUGUGGGAGCAGCAGGCCCGGCUUGUCAAGGCACGCGUCUUGGCGGUUCAAAGGGAAACAGAAACGCUCAGCGCUACCAUAUAUAGCCUGGCUGAGGAGAACGAGAUUUUAAAGGAUCUUUCCGACCCACGAGAGGAUAAACACUCGGACGCCGACCUAGAGGCGGCCAUGGCUCUACAGGAAGCCAUGGUCAUGUGUCUUGAUGCCACCCAGAAACUCCUCGAGGACGCGACACCCGCCUCGAAAAUGGACGAGGACGACAAAAUCGACAUCGCCCACGUUCAUGCUUACAAAACUGCCGCGGAACGCGGCCUCGAGUCCGUCGAGACCAUGGUCUCCACGCUAUCAGACACGAUUAAUGGUAUCUGCGAUAACCUCGCUGAUAAGGGUUAUCUUGAAGCGGCGGCAUACCGAGGCACGGACGAGGAUACUCGCAUGCAUGACCUCGCCACGAAAGCCGCUGCCCGGAUAUUCUACGACAUUCGAAAGAAGGUCGAUGGUGCCUCGCGUGAGAUCACGCUCGCUAGAGCUACGGUUCAGGACCACUUGAAAGUGGCGAAUCCCCACAAUCCCCUGGGACCUGGUCAGGAUCACGUAGUGGAGGGAGAAGACUUCUCCCACGAUGAGCCGGAGGCUAUGUCGGAGAACAUCAUGGAAGAUCUUGGCACGGCAUGGGAUGUCGAAUACGGAAGCCUUGCCAAAAUGGCCGAAAAGAUUCUCCGCGUCAAGUCAGGCGUCACCAAACAGCGGCAAGAGUACCAGGCCGUCCUCCAGAAAUUUGUCCAGUCCCACAAGGAACUCCUCCACCGGACGCAGGUUGCAGAGACCGCACGCGUCGCCCUGCGCAAAAAGUGCUGGGCGCUGGAGCAGAACUUUGCGGACGAGAAGACCUUGCUGAAUCGUACCCUUUACCAAGAGAAGAGGAGCGCGCUCGAGCAAGCGAAACGAGAACGGGAGGACGCGUUGAGAGAUUGCAAAGCGCAUAAAGACGCUCUCCUCACGCGCGAAAAGGAAUGCGAAGAGCUCAGAGAAGAGCUUAGUAAAGUGAGAAGGAAGUUUGGGGUUUCCGACUCUGAAGGGCUCGCAACUGCCCGUGACUCGCAGAACAUGACGUAUGAAAUGCUCGUUCAAACGACUGCCAUGCUUACUGCAGAGCUCGAGAAGCAUCAAGCCAUCACCGAGAAGUUGAGGAAAGAAAAUGCCAAGCUAGGACCAGCGGCCACGGCGUGCCACAGCUACAAGAAAGAAACGUUUGAAGCGGUCGCCCAGCUUUCCGGUCUCGAGAGCCAGAUGAGCAGUAUGAGGCGGGCCGUCGAAGAGGCAGAGGCGGAGCUCGAUGCCGCAGAACAGCGGAUCAUCUGCCUACAAAGCGAAGUCGACACUUUGCAGACGAAGAUGUCUAUAUUAGAGGCUCGAGAAUUGGAGCUCCAGUUUGAGCUGGACGACGUGAAGUUGGCCACCGAGGUAGCCCACGAGAAGCAAGUCUCGGAAAGAACGGAUGGCCAGGCUAAGAUUUGUAGCCUCGAGUUCCAGAUCAAGAAACAGUCACAGGAGCUCUCCCAGUCAGCCAAAGCUUGCCAAGAGCUCUUGGAGAAACACGAGAAGCUUGCCGAGCUUAUUGUCAUCGACAAUGGUGCAAUUCAGGAUGCCGACCUAGUUCUUAAAACCACCCUUAAGGAGAAGGCGAGAGUCGAAAGAAUGCUCGUCAAAGCUGAAGAGAAGGGGGCCGCAUUGCAAACCGACUACGAACACGCGGCACAAGAGAGCCGGCAGCUACGACAAGAGCUGACGCUCGUCCGAGAGACGCACGAAACGGAGAGGAUAGGGCUAGUCAAUAGCGUUACCCAGCUCCAAGAGCAGCGCGAGGUGAUUGAAAAACAAGAGCGCAAAUUACGAGAGCACGAAGAGAAGCUCAGAGAGACGCUCGAAAAAGCGAAAAGGCCGCAAUCUCAACACAUCAGGGUCACCAAGGAUAUCUGGACUGGAGUAGAAGAAGCCGCAACCAGGCAGCAACUGGAAACACAUGUGCAGCAACUCCAAGAGGCGUUGAGCAAUGUGCUCACGACAAAAGGGCCGAUGCAUCAGCUUAGCUCUCAGAUUAAAGCAAGGAUUGACAACAUGAAGUCUCUCUUUCAAACCGUACGUGAUGCGUACGGGCCGGAGAAGGGCAUGAUGUUUGACGACUCAAGAGAGCCUCCGCUCACGAAGGCCGACGUCGACAAUUUCUGGGUGGUUACGGCGAUUCAGCAGCAGAGGCUCGCCGUCCUCCGAGCGAUCAAAGACUGCGACUGGGCGAAUGCCCAAACCACCAUGAGCCACGCCAUACGUCUGCUCCGGGCAGCGAAGCCCGAGACCUUUGACGGCGAGCUGUGGGGAGCAUCCAGGUGGCGACAGAACUCCCUCUACGGCAAGAUGGUACGCUUGCUGGAAGAAGAUGCUAAGGAUAUGCUAGAGAGACAAACACAGAGGAACGAGGCGAACGACCAAGGGGUCAAAUCCUGCGAAUGUAGGUAUAGGAUGCUGCCGUGCGCCCUCCACGCGGAGACGCAGUGCCGUUGCCGCUACCAUAAUGUGCUCGAGUACUGCAAGCGCCACGCAGAUAUGUUAUCCCCCAUGCCCCGGGUCGAGGCCAAGACGAAGAAAGAAAGACUUGGAAAGUUCUGGCAGCUCGCCCAGGCAAGACGUGGGGAAACUGCGUAA